GACUUAGCCCCGUAUUACGACUUGUCAACUCGAACUUAAAGCAACUCCCCUUAACGUCAGUGUUGUUACUAGUAGAGGUGAAAUGUACCCCUCCCACUGAAAGAAACAGGACAAGGAGAAGACAAAAUGUCGAGGAAUUAUAAUAAUAUUUUUAUGUUUUUACUUGGGAUUAUAUUGACUUCAGAUGCAGUUCGCCAUGGCCGUAACCUAAUAUGGGCGAUGCAUCCCGCGAGUGGUAACGGAGUUUCCAGGAUAAUGGCGAUAGAAGGAGAUCCGGAAGAGUGGGUCCCGACAGCAAAUGUUACCGUCAGACAUAUUAGUGCGCCCCAUACCGGGUGGCAGUUCCGAGGUGUCGCCUUCCAUUAUGACAUGGAAAUUCUGUUCUGGACGGAGAGCAGUAAUAAAAGAAUACAGGGACUGACCCUCAAUGGGAGCGUUUCCACCCGGACAGUUUUCACCAGCACGUCGAACGAAGUAGAUGGAGUGGUAGUGGACUGGAUAUCUAAUAACAUGUACUUCGCGGACGCUAAUUAUAACUGGAUAACUCUUGUCGCUCUCAACAGUACGGACAACUUCUAUAAGAAAAUCAUUAACACAGGUCUGGACAAGCCACACGGAAUAGCUAUAUAUCCACAGAAAGGGUAUUUAUUUUGGAGUGAUUGGGGCCUCAAACCGAAAAUCGAAACAUCCGAUCUUACUGGAAACAACCGGCGCACACUGGUGUCUACUGACAUCACCCACCCACGUGGUCUGGCAGUCGACCAAUCAAUGAACAAACUUUACUGGGUGGACAGUGGAAAAGACACAAUAGAACGAGUAGAUUUUAAUGGAAACAACCGGAAAACACUUGCCCAGGUCCAGGGUAGCAACUUUUUCGGGAUCGCACUUUAUAAAAGAUACCUGUUUGUGACGGAACAACAGGAAGGCCACCUACGGAUUUACGACAAACAUACUGGAAAUAAAUACAUUAACUAUCAGCUUGGUCAUCGCCCGUACGGCAUCGUUAUGUAUGACGAGGAGUUACAGCCUGGAGACAGACAGGAAUGUGAGGCACUCAGCUGUGAGCAAAUCUGCAUCAACAAUCCCCCCUUCGGUGCCUCCUGUUACUGUGGUGACGGGUAUACGCUCCAGGGUGACCAGAAAACGUGUGUAGAAAGCGAAUUCUUCAUACAGCCUGCUCAUAUAUACGCCAUUGGUGAUGCUAUCUGCCAGUACCCUGUUAACCUGGCGGAUAUGUCGUUAGUCAACGUCACCUUAGAUAAACAAUGUUUUAUGAAGAACGGAAAAGGGUUCACGGCUCUAACUUACGACGCAAGCGCAAAGAUACUCUACUACACCGCCAACAUGACAAACAGUAUUGGUACAGUGCAGCUAAAGAAGGGGGCGUAUACCGACACCGUCAUCCGGGGACUUGGUGACGUCAGGGGUAUGGCACUAGACUGGACAACGUCCACCCUUUACUGGACUGACCGACAGUUCAAACACAUAAUGGUGGCAAAGACAGACGGCCGGUACCAGAAGGCGAUCAUAGACUCGGGCCUGGUAGAACCACUCGGUAUAGCCGUGCACCCUAAACGGGGAACGAUGUACUGGACUGACCCCGGGAGACAGGUCAUAGAGAUGUCUUACAUGAAUGGUGACUUUAGGGCAGAGCUUCAAAUCUUCAGUGGCGUCAGGCAUCCCAACCAUCUCUGUAUAGAUUUCCAUAAGGACAGACUAUACUGGUCGGACUCGGAGCUGUUCCAGAUAGGAAGCUAUGACCUCGGAGACGGUCAUGUUACAAUAGCCUACACCCAGCAGUCGGCCAAGUUCUUUGGUAUCAGCAUCUACCAGGACUACAUCAUAUGGACCGAUACUGACAAGAUGAACGGUAUCCACGUUGCUGACCUCAACACAGGCACGAAAAAGCGUGGGAUUUUACACCCCCAGGUGGGCGUGUCAGCUGACCUCAUUACCUACGACCAGUCGAACCAGCCUAACUUUACAGGGUCGUGUACGGAUUCACCAUGUGAUCAGCUCUGCCUUCCAAACUCACCAACGACUUCCUUUUGCGCAUGCGGAACUGGAUUUGAACUAGACGAUGGCAAUAUUAACAAAUGCACAUCCCAUUUGCUGUCUGACAACUUCCUGGUAGUAUCCGACUCUCACCAGCGACACAUGUACCAGGUCGGGUUGGAUGACCAGAGUGUUCACGCAAUUCCUCUGUCCAAUAUGUACCGGCCGAUCGCUCUCGACUACGAUCCGAUCUUUGAGAAGUUAUACUGGACUGACAAUAUGGCGAAACUGAUUAAGGGUGCUCAUCUAGACUCACAGACGGAAUUUACCCUCCAGAGUCUCACAAACGCGUCUGUAAUUGACGGGAUCGCAGUGGAUUAUAUCAGCCGUCUAUUAUACUACACGAAUACUGGGCUAGACACCAUAACAGUUAUCUCCCUUGCCCGGACCAGACUCAGUCGGACUAUAGUGUCUGAAGGUCUCGAACAGCCUAGAGACAUUGCUCUUCAUCCCCUUGACGGCCGGAUGUUCUGGACAGACUGGGGGAGUCAACCAAAAAUAGAGGCUGCUAAUAUGGACGGGUCAGACAGAGUGACAUUGGUCAACCUGACGGAAAAUUCCUGGCCGAACGGAAUCGCCGUCGACUACGCAGGGAGGAAAAUUUACUGGGUAGAUGCUAAAUACAACAAAAUCGAGGUUGUUGACAUAAAUGGACUGAGCAGGAAAACGCUCAUAGAAGAACCAAUCAGCCACUACUUUGGGAUUACUGUCUUAGGCGAUUACCUUUACGUCACAGAUUGGAAACGGAAUUACAUCUCCCGACUGUUAAAGACUGGAGGAGGAAGUAUGGAGCAGGUUGGACCGUCAAGUUUUUCCCGUGUUAACGGUAUCGCCGCGUACAGCCGUGAUUCCGUUCUAAAAGGGAAAAAUGCAUGUUUCGACAACACAUGCGACCAUCUCUGUCUUCCCAAAUGGAAUUUUAAAUAUACAUGCGCAUGCUCAGACGGCUAUGUUUUAUUAGGAGACAGAUGCGUUUCUUCAGAGCUACCAAAUAACACUACGACUGAGCCAGUGUCCACACCGGAGCCAGAUGUGAGUAGCUCGUUGAGGGAGCGACCAGUUCCUGACAAAGGCCUACACGUAGGAGCCAUUGCCGCCAUUGCUAGUGUUGGUGUGAUUGUUGCUGUAAUUGCUACAAUAGCCAGUAUUUUCCUGUACCGCAAGUAUAAGAACCAGUUUAUCCAUCAUGAUCGUUUAGUGGAAGACAACCAAGUUGAUUCAUUUUACCGAAUUACGUUUCCUGACAACAAGGACGAGCCAAUGGUAGACUCUGGAAUUGUAAACCCUGGAUACAAACAAAUGGAUAGAUAAAUACGUAGCAAGGAUCAGAAAAUAAAACAAAUCACAAAAUGAUGUUUUGUUAAAAUCGCGAUAUUCCGGAAUAAACGUUCGAAGUGUUGUUUCGAAGGAAAUCUUAGUGGAUUGCGUUUUCUAUCGAGUUAACAUUGGACAAUAUCAUGUGAGCGUUCGACAAGGUCAUAUGAACGUUUGACAAUACCAUGUGAUCAGUCGACAACACCAUGUGUGCGUUCGACAAUAUACUCAAAGAGUUCAACGAUGUCAUGUGAGUGAUCGACAAUAUCAUGUGAGUUGUCGACAAUAUCGUGUGUACGUUCAACAAUAUCACGUGAACAUUCGACAACAUCAUGUGAACAUUCGACAAUAUCGCGUGAGCGUUUGAAAAUAGCAUGUGAACGUUUAACAAAACCAUGUGAGCAUUUGACAAUAAGAUGUGAGCGUUCGACAAUAUCGCUUGAGCGUUUGACAAUUACAUGUAAACGUUUGACAAUAUCAUGUGAGCGUUCGACAAUAUCGUCUAAGAGUUCCCUAAGAUCAUCUCAGCGUUCGACAAUAUCAUGUGAGCGUUCGACAAUAUCGUCUGAGAGUACCCUAAGAUCAUCUGAACGUUCGACAAUAUCACGUGAGCGAUCGACAAUGUUAUGCAAGUGUUCGACAAUAUCACGUGAGCGAUCGACAAUAUCAUGUAAGCGGUCGACAAUAUCAUGUAAGCGGUCGACAAUAUCGCGUGAGCGUUCGACAAAUAUUACGUGACGGCGUAAAUUGGUUAACAUUACCAUGGGUUACUUUGUCAUGUUCUGAUACAUGUACAUUAUGUCAAGUGAACUUGAAGUGAAAGUGAUAGGCCAAUCAUAUUACAAACACUUUCAUAGCCGACGGUAUGCAGUAUAUGUUAGUAUACGUAUAAGUAGGGAAAAUAGGUGGGCUACCAUAUUUCAUUCCUGUGCGUUUUAUGACAAAAAAGGGUGAUUCCCUUAUGAUUUCUUCACAUUCAGUGAAGGCCUCUCAAGCUGCUACUGAAUAUAAAUGUAGAUAUGUAUCAUGUAUAUAUGAAAUGUUAAAUGUAUAUAUGAUUGACAAGGCUGACACAUCUGACGAGGAAGGCCGUGGAUAUAAAUUUUAAGAUUAAAUAAAACAAAAAUGAAGAAAGUUUGAAGUUUGUUAAAAUUACUUAUAAGUAUCUGUUGAUUUAUUACAUUAUGAUAUAUUUUGAACUGCAGUACAUUCUCUGUAUUAUUACAUAUGUUCUUUGAUUUUCUUGGUUUUUCUUUUAAUAAUAUAUGUAAUGUAAUUUUUACUACGGUGUGUACGUUGUAUUAUUAUAUGUGCAAUAUAAUUUGCGAAAUGGAUGACACAUAUAGCCAAAUGUAUAUUGUCGAUAUUUACUAAAAGUUCAUCACUGAUAGACAGUGGUUGAAUGAAUUAGUGCUUACAAUAUCAUCACGCACCUUGUUGGCAUGUUUUGGAUGCAUUGCUUUUACGAAUGCUGGAAUUAUGAUAGAAACAAAAUAUCUAACACAUUUUAUUGGUUAUGAUUUAUAUAGAAUAUUUAGAAAAUCAUCAAGUAUGGCCUAGCUGCUACACUGUUAAAGGUUUUAUUAUUGGUAAGCAGCACAGAUCAUGGUUUAGUAGUGUUUACAGGCAAGCUUUAAAAUUUAAAAAAUAAAUUAGAUUUUUGGUAUCUUUGUAUCUUCAAACUUUUCGAAAGACUACCCAUUUUUGAAAUCUAAGAAUCUAUUAUGGAAUACAGCGCGGUUGAAUGUCUGUUUUGAAAGGACGUCAAUGGGUGCAGAUUUCUCGGGCCAUAACAUUCCUUAGUUCAGGAUUUUCCCUGUUCGUAUUUUAUUCCCAGUAUGAGUUAAACAAUCUUAUUGUUAAAAUUUUAAAUUCUAAUAACAUCUCUGCUAUUUAGUGGAUUUUUUAUGUACAUGGACAAAUGAGGCAUAAACAUGUAAACAGAUAUACAAAUGUAAAUAAAAAACACGCACUACAGUCUAAUUUCCUUUCACUGAAUAUAUAUAUAACAAAUAGACAUAGGAAAAUAUCCAGUUGUUUACAUAACUGUCAAAACAACGUUGUGUAAUGUAUCAAUAUCAAUCUGUAUAACAAAGUUAUGCGAACAAUAUCAAAGUUGCUUUGUGAUUAUUUCGCGGAGCGUUUAAUUCGCUUUAGAACACCGGUUAUAACCAUUUGUAAAGGA